UCUCCCUCCCCUCCCCCUGCUGCAGUGUGUGUGGUUGGCUGCCGAGCGCCUGGUGCCUGCGCUUCUGCUAGAACUGGAGGGCAGCGCAGCAGACGCCUGGGAGCCGUGCAUCGCUGCAGCCUGUGCUUCUCCGCGGCGCUGGGGCCUCCGGGAGUGCCAACCCUGGACAAGCUGCUACAGGCAGCCAGGGCUGCAGGAGCAGGACUAUGUCCACCAUGGUAUAUCCAAGGGAGGAGAAACUGGACAAGCUGAGCCAAGAGGAAAUAAUUUCCAACACCAAGCUGGUGAUGCAAGGGCUGGAGGCACUCAAGAAUGAGCACAACUCCAUCCUACACAGCUUGCUGGAGACCAUCAAGUGCCUGAAGAAAGAUGAAGAAGCCAAUCUUGUGCAUGAGAAAUCCAACCUGCUCCGCAAGUCCGUUGAAAUGAUUGAGCUGGGUCUUGGAGAAGCUCAGGUGAUGAUGGCAUUGUCCAACCAUCUGAAUGCUGUGGAGUCAGAGAAGCAGAAACUGCGCGCUCAGGUGCGGAGACUGUGCCAGGAGAACCAGUGGCUGCGUGACGAGCUUGCCAACACUCAGCAGAAGCUGCAGCGCAGUGAGCAAACCGUGGCUCAGCUAGAGGAGGAGAAGAAACACCUUGAGUUCAUGAACCAGCUGAAGAAAUAUGAUGAGGAUGUCUCACCUUCGGAGGAGAAGGAAGGUGACUCUGCCAAGGACUCUCUGGAUGAUCUGUUCCCGAAUGAGGAGGAGGAGCAUGGUCCUGGAUUGCCCCACCAGCACAGCAGUGCAGUGGCAGCUGCCCAGCAGGGAGGCUAUGAGAUUCCUGCACGUUUGCGCACCCUCCACAACCUUGUUAUCCAGUACGCCUCACAGGGACGCUAUGAGGUGGCUGUGCCGCUCUGCAAGCAGGCGCUGGAGGACCUGGAGAAGACAUCAGGCCACGAUCACCCUGAUGUGGCCACCAUGCUCAACAUCCUGGCACUAGUGUACAGGGAUCAAAAUAAAUACAAAGAAGCAGCACACCUCUUGAAUGAUGCUCUCUCCAUCCGUGAGAAGACUCUGGGCAAAGAUCAUCCAGCGGUGGCAGCAACUUUGAACAAUCUGGCUGUUCUCUAUGGCAAGAGAGGGAAGUACAAAGAAGCAGAGCCACUGUGUAAGCGAGCCCUGGAGAUUCGUGAGAAGGUCCUAGGCAAAGACCAUCCUGAUGUGGCCAAGCAGCUGAACAAUCUAGCCCUGCUGUGCCAGAACCAGGGCAAGUAUGAUGAGGUGGAGUACUAUUACUGCCGGGCACUGGAGAUCUACGAGAGCUGCCUGGGUCCUGAUGACCCCAACGUGGCCAAGACUAAGAACAACCUGGCCUCCUGUUACCUGAAGCAAGGCAAAUACAAAGAUGCAGAGGUGCUCUAUAAGGAGAUCCUUACCCGUGCUCACGUGAAGGAGUUUGGCUCUGUGGAUGAUGAGCAUAAGCCAAUCUGGAUGCACGCGGAGGAGAGGGAGGAGAUGAGCAAGAGCAAGCAUAGAGACAGUGCUCCCUACGCUGAGUAUGGUGGCUGGUACAAGGCCUGUAAGGUUAGCAGCCCAACUGUGAACACCACUCUGAGGAACCUGGGUGCGCUGUACCGACGCCAGGGCAAGCUAGAGGCAGCUGAGACCUUGGAGGAGUGUGCAGUUCGCUCUCGGCGGCAGGGCAUUGACCCGAUCAACCAGACGAAGGUGGUGGAGAUCCUGAAGGAGAGUGAUGGCACAGAGAGACGUCGGAGCCUGGGGGGCAGCGUCAAGUACGAGAAUGCCACAGACGGUAGCGAGGAAGUGAGUAUGGGCGUGGAAUGGAGCGGGGCUUAAAUGCCUCCCGAGACUCCCUCUUUCCCCUCCACCGCAAUCACCUGGAUGUUUGUGUUGUAUCUUCCGACUUUUCCUCCACACCAUCCCUCCUUCCUCGGCAAGAACUCCACGCCAGUCCCCCAACCCUCCCGGCGCGCGAGGGCACCGCGACGCCUGCAGAGGAGUGCCUGGCCACGUGGCCCAGCUCCAGUCCCAUGGCCAGCAAGAGCAGGAAGAAUCUGCGAGGAGCUGCCUGCUCCCCCAGGCCAGGGCGAUGGGCCACCGUCCCCUUGCGUGCCCCCACCCCCAGCCUGCCCUUGCACAUCCCUGGGGACCAGGCCUGCGGGGGAUUUUCUUCACUCCAGGCUUGCCGACUCCACUGUCAUUAGACAUCCUUCAACCCUCCUAGCUUGUUCCCUCCAUCUCUGCAGAGGCCAGGAUGGAGGCAUGAAGAUGGGGCUGUUCUGGGACAGAGAGGCCUGGCCUUGGCAAGGCUGCUGUGUGUCCAGUUCCUUUCUUCCCUGUAGGCUUAGCUGAUGUUAGUGCCCUGUAGCAAACCUGCACUGGCCACCAAUGAGCUGGGCUCUCCCUGCCACACAGGGCAGUCUCUAUCUUGCUGUCUUCCUGCUGAGCUCUGCAACCCAGGGGCAGCAUGUGGGUCUCUCUGCAGGGGUACAGGAAUGUAGGGCUGGCCCAUAGCUAAUGUACAUCCAAGAUGAGGCGAGGGGGUGACAGCCAAGGGCUGUGAGUGGAACAGAGACAUGCCAGGAUAAGGAUAAGUUGCAACCUCCUGACCUGAUGCUGUAGCCAAGUUCUCACCUAAUGACAUUAAGGGAUGAAUCUGCUCCCCAUUGCUCCAGGGUCCCCAGGUGUUGUGUUGCUGCUGGCAGAGGGAGAGGCCAUGGUGAAGCUGUUGUUUGUUCCUUGGAGGCAGAGAGAAGGGUAGGAGAAAAGAGAACUUUUCUGUAAGUGCCAGACCCCAGGCCAUUAGAAGUGGCUGAAAUGGGGAAUGGGCUGUUUUGGAGCAGAAUGGUUGGGAGAAAAAGGAGGUGCAAAGAAGGAUAUGAAGAAAGGAGGAGCUGGGGCUUGAGUGCUCUGAGCAUGUUGGGGCAGGUGGAAUGGCUGCAGGGAGGUUUCCAGAGGAGAAGGGGUCAGGAUGCUCAUGAAGGAGGGCAGUUCUUGAACAUAGGACCUGGCUUGCCAGGCAUGGUCCCUGGGGCUAUGGCUUGCUGUCUGGCUGUCCCUAGCCAAGUGGGUGGAAAAUCUGUAACCCUGUUACUUCUAGGAAGACAGUGCUGACCCUUAGUGUGUGGGAAGUGGCUCAGUGCCUCUGAUGGGACUCCAGGCCUGCACAGGGUCUGGUGCUUCGGUCACUACUGGAGAAAAGGGACGUUUCCCAUGGCCAGACUGACACUACCUUGAGUUUCACACCCUUGGGUGCACACCUUCCUCUCAUCUCCUAUAGGAAGUGAACCUCCCUGGCCCUUUAUUCCCUUAUUCCCUACCUGGGAAUAAAGCUGGGGAGGCUGCAGCCAGCAGGGUAGAGCCCAGAGGCCAGUGCAGGUCACCCCCUUAUUUAUUUAGGUAGAUAGUUUGUCUUAUGCUAGUCACCUGGCAGGUUGUGCUUGUGUCUGUCUGGGCCUGGCUUUCCCGUGGUGAUACAGAGGCCUUGGGGCACAUGCAUGCUGCUCUCCUGGGAGCUUGUGCUUGCUGAAAGGACCAUGGGGUAUGGAGUCCAGGGCUGAGUGCUCUAGGGCUGCACCUUCCCUGCCUCUCUCUCCCAGUGCUGCUCCAUGCUCCUGGAGAGUGGUGAGUCCCCAUUGCAGGGUGUGUUCAGGCCUCAGUGCCACUGGCUCCUGUGCUUUGCCAUGUCCUGGACCUGGUGCUGUAACAACCAUACCUCUGAUUAAAGGUAGACAGACCCGAACCGCUGCCCUGUGCUUCUUUCCACACUCUGUAGGCCAGCGUCGGUCAGCCCUGGGAUGGUGGGUGCAAAUGCUGCUGGAGCAGGUGUGGGGGUGCUUGGUGUCUGUGUGGUGGUGGGGGAGGGCUGUGCUGCCCCCAGGGCACCUCUCCUAGGCUGAGCAUUGGAGAUGAGGGACCCAAUGCCACUGAGCCUCUUCCUAACCUCCAAACCAGGGUUGCUACUAACCUCAGCUCUGUAGCCAUGUGUGGCAGGACUGCCCUGGGGCAUCUGAGCUUGGGCCUUCCCCAACAGGUGUUUCUAUUAGCCAGAAAAAUAUCCCUUUGUGCCUACCAGUGCUGAGCUGCAGCGUGCUGCCAAAUCACGCCCAAGCCUUCUGCCUCCAUGCAGCAGGCAGGGUGGGAGCAUGCAGCAGAGAGCAGCUCAGUGGGGGAGCUGCUGCUUUUUCUUUGAGUGCUCUCAUCCUGGUGGGUGCAAUGGGGUGGGGGCUUUGCAGUAAACCAAGCCCCAUAAAUGUUCUGGGUUAAAAAUAACCCUUCAGAAAAAGAAGUGGAGAGAGAAGGGAAGCUAUUUUUAACCCAGCAUGCAGCAGUGUUUGGUUCUGGUGUUGGUCUGCAGUCAGUCUACAUCACUGCAUCUGCGGAAAUGUGGCUCCAUCCUCCAGCCGUGACCCCACAGCAUACUUUCUGGCCAGAUCCUACUGUUCUUGUACUAUGGUCCUGCUCCCCUGCCCCAUCUGUGUUCCCUUCUCCACCCCUGGCUUGUGUGCCCUGGUGAAAGGAACAGUGCCUGGUAUGGCAGCACCCUGCAAGGGAGGGUGGUGACGCGGUGCAAGUCUGGUGAGAAGACAAAAGACACUACCCCUGUCUUUGCUAGUGCCAUGUGCUGAUGGCUAGCUCCUCCAAAACCUGCCCAUGGCUCCUAAUGCAGGAGGUGAAUUGUAUAUCUUGCCAAUACUUUUGGUGCUCUCCGCGUUCCUGGUGAGCGGGUCCCCUGCAGCAACAGCACGUGACUUCCAGUUUGGAAAUCUCUCAUCCUGAUGAGAAAGUGAAGAGUUUCAAUGCACUUGGUUUAUCCAAGAAGGGGUGAGAUGAAUGCCAGGAGAAAGGUUUGCUGGUAGGAAAAGUCCUGUUCAGGUGUUGGAGAGGGGUCUAGGGCUCGAUCAGCUUUGGGUAAUUGGAGUGGGGAAGUGUUGGAAAAACCUUACCCAGGGCUACAGCCCAUAGUGGUCAGCACAAGGGGGUGACUGACAGAGACCGUGCUUACCUGCAGAGCUGCAUGGACAGUCCUGGAGCAACCACUGCUGCUAGCCUGGGCUAUGUUGGUCAUUUGGAGUGGUACAAAAGGGCUCCCACACAUGCUUGUAAGGAGCAAAGGGCUUCUGCAGUCACCUUACCUGUUUCUUCUGCCCUGAUGUGCCAGGGGCCAUUGGGAUCAGGAGCAGGGAGGACUGCUGUUAUUAGGCCAUGAGAGCAAAAUUAAUUCCAUAUCAGCAGUGGUGCCACAACCUUGUGUAAUGAGCAUGCCUGGCCACAGAGGAAGAGCUUGCUGCCACGAUGGCAGAGUGGCAUGAGGUGGUGUCAUGCUGGCAGUCUGUGCCUUGCACAUGGAGCUGAACACAGGAGAUGGAGAGUGCCUUUCUGAGUACUGGGAAUUUUGGGGGGAAUGUGGGAGGAAUUAGGCUGGGGAACAAGAUUUAGGGCUGGUUUUGUUCUUUGGAAAGAGCAGGCCGCUGUAAAGAAACCCCUGCAAAGUGUCACCCCAGGGCAGCCGGUGGGGCCAGGCACAGCUGAAGCUGGGGGACUGGGAAAAGUGGUGCCUGCUUGGCAACACAGUGUUGGUGCAGCCAAAUGAGUGCAUCCCAAAUGGAGCUGCCCGAAUUGCUCAGCAGGCUCAAAGCGGGGGGGGGGGGUGUUAGAGGUGGGACAUGGCCAUGUGUGCAUAUGGGCUGGUCUUGUCUGACAUGCGUGAGCCUGCAGGCCUGGCAUGUGUAGGACCAGGAUGUGUGUCAGGACAAGUGCUGGAUGGAGAGGAGGAAUAGCAACGGCAUGGUGAGGAAGGGCAGGAGGAGGGGGAGGAUAGUCUCCAGCCAGCAGCAAAUGGGGAGGGAGUUCUUGAAAUGAAUGUCCUGGCUCCUGUCAGGACUUGGUGCUUCGCUGGCCACUGGGACCUCCAUGGUAGCUACUGCCUGAACUGUUGCAGAUGGUGGAGCUAUGCCAUGUUUGAGCAGGGCUGUGGGGAUGCCAGUGCCACGUGUGCUGGUGGCCUGGUGCAGGUCAACAGCCUGGCUGGGUGUUGGGCUUGCAUUGGGCAGGAGGAAGGAUUGGUCUGGGUGAGCCAGGCCAUGGUGGGGGGAGUCCCCAGCUCCAUGGUCAUCAUGUCCUAUGGAGAACCAGGGCGAGAAGGAGCCAUGUAGUGAGCAGUAAGCCUGCUCUGGGCCACAGCUAAAUCAGUGCAAGUGGGCAAGACAGUUUUUAGGGCCAAGCCCAGUUCCUGGUCUGCAACAUGCCAGAGCCCCGGCUUGUGUCUCUGU